CAGUCUGUCUCGCAAACAUCCGCUGUGAGCUGCAGGAUUAUGAAAGCAUGAUUAGUGACUUUAUUUAACUGCGCCAGUGGAGACACGCAGCCAGAUGGCUCAGUGUAGAUGGCUUAUUUAGGACCUCGGCUGGGACCAUCACGCAUCUUUACCCCCACUGUGUCCGCGGUCAGACUGCUCGGGAUGGCCGACAUGGGUCUGUCGAUGAGUCGGUCCUCGCUGGAGCGGCUCGACUUUGACAACCUGGCUCUCAGGAAACUCCCCCUGGACUCAUCGGAGGAGCCAGGGGUGCGGCAGGUGAAAGGAGCGUGUUUCUCCCGGGUGAAGCCGCAGCCGCUGACCAAGCCCCGGUUCGUGGCGGUGUCACAUGAAGCCCUCGCGCUGCUGGGGCUCGACGGGGUGGAGGUCAUGAAUGACCCGCUCGGGCCGGAGUAUCUGAGCGGGUCCAAAGUCAUGCCCGGAUCCGAGCCCGCUGCUCAUUGCUACUGCGGCCACCAGUUCGGCCAGUUCGCGGGCCAGCUGGGCGACGGGGCGGCCUGCUACCUCGGCGAGGUGAAGGUGCCGCCCGGACAAGAGCCCGAACUGCUGCGGGAGAACCCGAGCGGCCGCUGGGAGAUCCAGGUGAAAGGAGCAGGACUGACCCCUUAUUCCAGACAAGCUGAUGGCCGUAAAGUCCUGCGCUCCAGCAUCAGAGAGUUCCUGUGCAGCGAGGUGAUGUUCUUCCUGGGUAUUCCCACCACCAGAGCCGGCUCUGUAGUGACCUCUGACAGCAGGGUCGUACGAGAUGUGUACUACAGCGGGAAUCCUCGCCAUGAGAGAUGCUCUGUGGUCCUUCGCAUUGCUCCCACCUUCCUCAGGUUUGGAUCCUUUGAGAUCUUUAAGCGGGCUGACGAGUACACGGGUCGUCAGGGUCCCAGCUAUGGACGAGACGAGAUCCGAGGACAGAUGAUGGAUUAUGUCAUUGAGGUGUUUUACCCUGAGAUCCAGCAGAAUCACCCAGACAGGGUGGAGAGGAACGUGGCUUUCUUCAGAGAGGUGAUGCGACGCACAGCUCGACUCGUGGCUCAGUGGCAGUGUGUAGGUUUCUGCCAUGGAGUCCUAAACACAGACAACAUGAGCAUCCUGGGACUCACGCUGGACUAUGGUCCAUAUGGAUUUAUGGACAGGUUUGAUCCAGAUUUUAUUUGCAACGCUUCUGACAACUCCGGACGAUACUCCUACCAGGCCCAGCCAGCUAUCUGCAGGUGGAAUCUGGUGAAGCUAGCGGAGGCUCUCGCUCCAGAGCUGCCACCAGAUCGGGCCGAGGCCGUUAUGGACGAGUACCUGGAUCUGUAUAACGGCUUCUACCUUGAGAACAUGAGGAAGAAGCUGGGCUUACUGAAGAAAAACGAGCCUGAGGACGAGAUCCUGAUCACGGAGCUGCUGCAGACCAUGCACAACACAGGUGCUGACUUCACCAACACCUUCCGUAGCUUGAGCCAGAUUUGCUGUCCCACUGGGGGAGAAAGUGAGGGAGAUGAGGAGCUUGUCAAGAAAGCCACAGACUUCCUGCUGGAGCAGUGCGCCUCCUUAGAGGAGCUCAAGGCUGCCAGCAAACCCACUAUGGACCCUCGUGAGCUGGCGAUGCUGCUCUCUAUGGCCCAGAGCAACCCAGCGCUGUUCCAGAUGAUCUCAGACAGGGCGACAAUUGCGAGGCAGUUGGACAGGCUCAGCAGACUGAAAGACCUGAUGGAGACCAGUCAGGAAGAGCUGAAAACCAAACAGGCGGAGGAGUGGAGCCGCUGGAUCACACGCUAUAGGAAGCGUCUGGCUCGGGAGCUGGAAGGCCAGAGUGAUGUGCAGGCCGUGCAGGAGGAGAGGGUGAGGGUGAUGGACAGCACUAACCCUCGUGUGGUGCUCAGGAACUACAUCGCCCAGAAUGCAAUUGAGGCUGCUGAGAACGGUGACUUCUCUGAGGUCCAGCGGGUCCUCAAGGUGUUGGAGAAGCCUUUCUCUACGCAGCCAGGUCUGGAGCUUCCUGCGUGGGUGGGCGGAGGCGAGGCCGCAGAACGGGGGGAGAGGGAUGAAGGAGAGGAGCAACAGCAAGCGGCGGCAUCAACAUCUACAGCCAGAAAUCCUGUUCCCUAUGACAGCAAGCCCCCAGCUUGGGCCCAUGAAAUCUGUGUCACAUGAUCUUCGUAAAAACUUCCCUGAUUGUUCGCUGUCCUGCCUAAAAUUAUGAGAGCAUAUUGGUCUCUUAGUUCGUAUUUUUUUACCUUUUAUGUCUCUUCCAAUCAGUGCACAACUCUCUAUUAUUUUGGCAGGCAGCGUUCAGGGAAGUUAGUAUGAGGCACGACACCCCAUACGCUACAUAGCUGAACCAAAGCAGACACGGAGUGAGUUGAAUUUUGUGGGACAGAUGCAUAUAGAUGAAAAGCUUUUUAUUGUGUCUUAAAAAAUGUUUUUUUCGUUUACACUCUGCUUAAAACAGGAUGUUGCAGUCUGCCUAAACAUCAGAAGUAACUUAAUAUGAAGAAUUUGAUAGAUAAGGAGUUUUUAAGGUGAAUUUACAUAGAUACACUUAAAUGCGAGAUGAAUUAAGUGUGGAGAAAAAAAAAAGAAAAAUUCAGUUUUUCAAAGAUAUCACACAAAAGAUGACUAUAAAAAACAACCAAAGACAUUUUGGGGAAGACACAUUUUCUUUUGAUUUAAGGAAGGAGACCCUCAGCUUAUUCCCUGCCUGCUUGGCGUUUGGUUAUAGUAAUUAAUGACGACUCAGACAACAAGUCCUACAGUGACCUGUCUGACUCUGACAAACUGUGGGGUGUCACCUCAGUAUAUACCAAAAAUAAGAUGUGUGUGUGUGUGUGUGUGUGCGUUUGUGUGUGUGUGAGAGAGAAAGAGAGAUAAAGCGAUGAUGUUUUGGGGCAUGUAUUAGGGUGAAAGGGAGAGAUUGCACUUGAUCCAAUGAGCCGCAGUAGAUAAACACGCACAAAAUGUUCUCCUACAGUAGAAAACAUUGCCUUUUGCAGCUGUCAUAGUACCACUUCGUAGGCCACUAACAUCAUUUGCAACCACUUUUGUUACCUAACACGUUCAGCAAGCUUUGGAGUUGAUUUACGGGAUACUGCAUGUCAUUCAUGACUGUUUUAGUAAACUUGUGACCAUGCAAACUUCUCAGAGGAAGUUGUGGAUUCAGUUUUGCCACGAGUGUGACACUAUCAAAUGUGGUUUUAUAGAACGGAUGGGGGGAGGGGGGCAUUUCCACCAUUCAUGAGUUUGUUUUAACUAUAUGUUAACUAAUGCCUCAACAGUGAUCAUCACUUGUUAUAUUUGAAUCUGUUGCUUUGGCAAAUUAAUUCAGAUUUGCUGUCAGAACAAGGCUUUCACUGAAAAAAUGACAAAAGUGGACAUUAAAUGAGCAGUCUGUUUUUACCCUCCCCCCCAAUGAAAUAUGUGGUUGAGCUCCUCCUCAGCUAUAGCCUUAAUAUAGCCAAAUAAACUGAGUAUUUAAUA